AUUGGAUGUUUGCGCAUGCGUGCAGAACUGUGCCGGGUGCUCAGCCUUUGUGACAUCUGUGAGAGUGGAGCCCUGGGUGCCUGGACCCUGAAACAGAGAGGACAGAGUCACCUGCAUUACAAAUACAGUCUGUUCUCUGAGGCUUCAGUAUGGAGAAGAACAGUAAUCGUAUGACUAAGAGGAUAUUAAAGCUCACCCUGGAGAUAAUCUACCUGCUGACUGGAGAGGACUAUGUGCCAUUGAAAAAAGACGGAGAACAUAUGACGGUAUUACCGCAGUCACUGAUAGAUGAAAGGAGCAAUGAGAUCCUAGAACUCACCAGCAAGAUCCUUCACCUGCUGACUGGAGAGGAUGUACAUUGUUCAGAAGAUGAGACAGAUUUCUAUAAGGAGAAGAAAUUGGAAAAAUGUCAUCCAUUGAACUCCAUAGAUGGUUCCAGAAAUCUUAUAUUGAAAUGUCACAGUUCUCUAAGAGGUUAUACAGAGGAUAACAAAGGUGUGCCAGAAGAAUCUCAGAUUUCUGAUAUGGCUGACGUGAAGGUUGUAGUUAUAUCAACGAUUGGUGAGAAGGACUUGAGCAUAAAGCGCUGUAAAGAGGAGGAGAUUCCUACGGCUAUCAGUCCAGAUUCUGAAACUAAAGAGAACAUGCAAGAUGAGGAGCACCCUACCACUCGGAAUGUCCAUUCAGCGUAUCAUCAUUCUGAUGAGUCAUUUUCUGCCAGUCCUCCAUACAUGAUCACACACUCUAUACCUCACAUUGGGGAUCAGGUAUAUGUAUGUUCCGAAUGCGGUGACAGCUUCAACUGCAAGUCACACCUAGUGUCACAUCAGAAGUUACACACGGGUAAAAAACAGUAUGUCUGUUCGGACUGCGGAAAAUGUUUUGCAUACAACUCGCACUUGGCCAGGCAUCAUAUCAUACACACAGGGGAGAAACCAUAUUCGUGUGAAAACUGUGGGAAAUCUUUUACUCAAAAGUCCUACCUUGUUCUUCAUGAGAGGUGCCAUACGGGGGAAAAGCCGUUUUCCUGCUCGGAAUGUGGGAAAUGCUUUGCUCGGAACGCUAGUCUGUGUAUGCAUCAGAGAAUUCACACCGGAGAGAAACCAUACUCGUGCAUGGACUGUGGCAAAAGUUUUUCCCAAAGAUCUUACCUUCUUCUCCAUCAGACGUGUCACAGAGGGGAAAAACCCUUCUCUUGUCCUGACUGUGGGAAGUGCUUCACUACAAACUCGUAUCUAGUUAAACAUCAAAGGACUCACAUUGGUGAGAAGACAAAGGCAUAGCCCAUGCCUUAUUGACUCCUAUUAAACUGCUCAUUUCUUCAUGUUCACCAGUGUGCCUCAUGUCAAGGUCACUUUGUUGUGUCGUCUCUUGUUCAGUAGAUCUGUGGGAUCUUCACACGUACAAUGGUAGCAUUCAUUAUUGAAUAGUGAUUGUCAUAAAACAUCAAAUGCCGCAGCCCCUCUUUGACAUCACAUAGAAUACCAUAUUGGUUACACCCUUGCUUAGGUAUCCCUGGUCAUAGAAAGUGUCCUAGGGCUGUUACAGCUGAAUGCUGUGUCAGCAAAAUGUCAACAUGUUUGGGAAAAUUUAUCAAAGGUUCCAUGCCAGUUUUCUGGUGUAAAAAAACCAAACAAACAAUUUUUGAGCAAGUGCCAUUUUGUGGCCGAAAUGGUGGCUUUCUGCCUUUUUAUACCAUCUUCCGAAAAUUGGGCAUGAAGUUCAUGCAGGCUUAUUGGAGUAAUGUGGCAUCCCAUGGCCUGGAAAGUUUACUGUAAUUGACACCAGAAACGGUGUAAAUUAUAGAUGAAAUCACACUAGCUGGCAUAUAUUUGACCUUUUU